UAAACAUUUGUUUUAAUGAAUAAACUAUGUAGCCUAAGUAAAAAUGUUACACGUGAAUAUGUUGCUUUCUUAGCGUAAUAUGUUGUAAAUGAAAUAAAUCUGACCUAAAUUUGUGAUGUCUGCAGACUUCUAAAGUUUGAAGACAAAAAUGGGUACAGACCAAUAUUUCCAGCAGAAAUCUGGAAACUGCAACAAAAAUAAAUUUGAAAAUUUGCACCAUGGUUGGAAAUAUCUUCCUACAGAACCACUUAUUCAAAUUUUUAAAUUAUUGGGCUACAAAGAUCUUGGAUGCUGCUCGCUAGCUUGUAAAAGAUGGUUUGAGAUCGGAAAUUUAAAUUUUCUGUGGCAAAGAAGAUUUCGCCUUGACUUCAAGAUAGGUGAAAUGGAUUUAAGACCUAAUGGAAUGUCGUGGAAAUCAGAAUAUCAGAGAAUGGUAGAUCUUGUUCCUAGUGUAGAAUUCGAAAGAAUUCUUGAGCAUGAUGAUGAAGUUUUACAUGUAGCUUUUUCAAAUAAUGGUAUGAUGUUUUGUACAUGUUCAAAAGAUGCAUCAGUCAAGGUGUUCAGUGCAGACUGGCCAUUUGACACAAUCUUCAAUGAACAUUUAGGGAGAAGUUCCCAAUUUAGGUGGCUUUAUACUCAAUAUUCACAAUUUAGUAGCAGCGAUACUCAACUUCUAGUUUCUGGAAGAUGUGAAGGCUCUCAACAAGGAGGAGAAAUAAUUAUAUAUAAUAUUUUUAUUAAAGAGUUCACUCUACAGGCAAGGGUGAGAAUAAAGCCAUUUGAUGUAAUGGGAACUUGGCUUAAUGAAACACAUAUCUUGUCUGCAAGAGCUCAUUUGCUAGCAGCCCGUCGCCAAUGUCUGUGUGAAGUCCUUCUUAACAAAUCGAGUCAGGAAAUAGAAAACCUAAUGCAUUCGACGGUAACGCGUGCAUAUAUGUUUGCUUGUGAAAAUGACAACACUGUGAGUUAUCUUCAAGUGGCUGAUAUGAAAAAGGUUAUAUCACAAGUUUAUAGGGCUGUAUCUAAUGAUUGUUACCAAGGAAAAAUACAUGAUAUGCACAUGAAAGCAUUUGGCAAACAUAAAGAAUACAUUAAGGAAGCAGAAUCAUCAAUGAAUGCCUGCAAAAAUCAGGAAGCGUCCACUCCAUUAGAAACUGUGUCUUCAAUCACUGUGAGAAUUUCUUUGGACAAAAACAACGUUCCAUCAGAAAGUGAUAAAAUUGUUGACAGAUGUGAUGAAAAUGUUCUAUCUUGCAGUGCAAGAGUCACCAAUGAUAUAUAUGAAGGAACAUUUAGCAAUUGUAAAAAGAUAAAGCUUGAUAGUAGUGUUGUCUCUCAUGAUCACACAUCAUUGAAUACAGAGGAGGAAUCGUCUGUUUUGCUUCCUUCUGUUAAGCGAUGUAUCACUGAUUUUGAAAAUGAAACAGACAGCAGCAAUCUAUUUUCUGAAACAGCAAGUCCUCAGCUGACAGAUGAUGAACUAGACAGAGAUGAUAGUGAAUCAACAGAAGUGACAACCGGAGAUGAAGCUUCGCAGCCUAUUAAUUCACCCUCACAUUAUAAACUACUUUUAUGUUUUACUGGAAACGACUUCAAUGUUCCUCAUCAAAUCGGAAUCAAAAGAAUUGAGCAAGAAGAGUGUACUGAUGUCAUUCGGCAAAAGUUUGAGUCUGAUUCGAUUAAUCUACAAGGGAGACCUCAAGUCCGAUCUGACAACUGGGACCAUGUUAUCGAAAUGGGUGGUCAGUUGGUGGGUAUGUCAAUAACUCCUUGCGGAAGAUACUUGUAUGUGAAUGUACGUAAAUGGGAUGAAGAAGUUCCACCUCGGCAUUGGGCUCGGGAUAUUUCAUCGAAAGUUACUAUGGGUUUAAUAGACCUGAUUUCAAUGGAGGAAAUUGCUACAUUUGAAGGACAUGAAGCUUUCAGUGAUGUAUUUUUUCUUCAUAUUUCAUGUAAUGAUUUGUAUGUUUCUAGUGGAUCAGAAAAUCUCAAAGGUUACCUGUGGGAUAGAUAUUACGGAGUUUUGCUCUCCACAUUCAAACAUGUGGAUGUUGUUAAUUGUGUUGCUUUGAACCCUCGUGAUCCCAGCAUGGCUGUGAGUGUAAGUGAUGAUAAUUCAAUCAAAAUAUGGCGAUCAAAGUCAUUUCAUAGACUAUUGAGCAGCGCAAGAGCAAAAGGUCGUAUGAAGUCUGUGUCAUGUUCCUGACAGAAAUACAUAGGUCUGAAGUGUAGGAAUGCAGAAUAGUAUCAUUCAAUUCAAUGACAAGGUUACCUUAUAUUAUUUAUAGUGCAGAGGUGGCCAACGUGAUCGAUCGCCGUAUCUUGAGUGGUUCAAUCCCGCAUAUUUGGUUAAUUUACUGCAAAAAUUUGCAUCCAAUGAAUUUCAAACAGGGCUUGAAUAUUUCACUUUAAAUGUAACUUAGGCAUUAGUGAAACCGUAGGAUGUUUUAAAUUUAUCUAUCAAUUCCGAGUGAACCAGAAGGUUUGAGCAAUUAUGCAUCGUGCACUACCUCCAUUUGUAACUUUACUUUUCAAAUGAUGUCUUGACUAGAAAACGCAUGGCUCUCCCUACCAUCAAAUUUUUUUGAUACAAUUUUGUCGACGCAGACUACAAUGAACCCCAACAGUAACCAUACUCAUGAUGCUAUAAGAAAUCUGUUACUUAUAUUUUUUUACGGAACCCCGUAUUUAAGCAAAAUUUUUGCUGGUUUCAUUUAGUUCCCUGAAACAAGUCAUAAUAUUUAUUUUAACAUUUCUGUCAGUUUGUUAUUUUAAUUUUUACCGCACUUAUCUUACUAAUUUAAUUGUUUGUGUUUUUAAUGCGAGUCUCAUUGGUCUGACUCUGUAGUAAUACACAAACCAAACUGAAUUUUAUCCAAUCCAUAACUCCCGUUUGUUUCUGACGCAUUUGGAGAUUCUCGUCGACGAUAGGCUACAAAUUUAGUACUCGUCCAUUUUUUUGUGUUACUGAAUGUUACGAAGAUUUCAGUCGAUCUCAGUAGAAAACAGGUUGGCCACCCGCCCACCCCGUAUAGUGCAUAAUUUCACCUUGACAAAACUCCCAACAGCUUUUAUUCUUCUUUUAUUAUCCUCAUUGUUUUCAAGAAGAUUCUAAACAUCAACUCUGACACUGAACAAAUUUAUAUUAGAAAAGUUCUGUAUUCUGAGUUUUCAUUCCGAAAGUUAGUUUAACUUGUAAAUAAUUCCAAGAUACUUUGUGCUUAAGGAGUCCAUAAUAGCUUUAAUAUAUAAUUUAAGUGAAAUUGUUAGAAUGGAUUUAUAAUGAUAUUAAUUUUUGAACAUUCAUCAGUCUCUCUCUCUCUAUAUAUAUAAGCCACCAAGUUAACCUAGAUGUAUCAUGAUCUAUCUAAUUUACUCUUUUCCAUUGCCUCUCAUUCUGCCUACUUCUCUGCAUGAUUUACCACACGAGUGUAAAUGAAAAUAAAAUUUUCGAUAUAUGUUCCAGAUGGUA